AUGGGUUUGAUUUGUUUUAAAGAAGACCUAUAAGUUUUAUUUGAUGAUGAUCCAAUAUAACAAUAUAAUCAAAACAAGGAUGAUCAAAAAGUCAUAUCUGAGUUUCCAUAAUAAGAUGAGAAUGAUGUAAAGGUUUCAUUAAAUCACUUCAUUACGCUAUCAGUAUUAACUUUAGUUAAUUUAGGAAUUUAUGAAAGAGUAUAUAUGAUAGAGUAAUGUUAGUUUAACAUAAAACUAAUAUUUAAUUAUAUGCUAUGAAAGAUGUAAUAAACAAAGCUGCUUAUACAUUAAAAUAUAAAAUAAAUAUACAAACAGAACAAAAUGUUCUUGAAAUAACAAAACACAAUUUCAUUACUAAAUUAUACUAUGCUAAAUACACUUAAACUGAAUUAUUUUUGAUUAUUAAAUUGUUUCAAGAGUAAAACUAUCUUAACAUUAUAAAUGAAAAGGCAAAAUGA